GGGCCACAAAGGCACAUAGUACAUUUGCUGCGCGGACGGACCCGAAAUCAGAUAAACGGUACCAAGGCCUUCUGCAUUCACUUUGUUGAGGUUAACAUUGCAUCAGAAGAGAAUUUCACUUACAGUGUUUUGUAAAAAACACUGUACAGCACCCCGACAAUAUAGGCACCACGGAUCAGCCAAGAAUGCCAAAUAUAAAGAUUUUUAGCGGCAGUUCGCAUCCGGAUCUGUCGCAGAAGAUCGCGGAUCGACUGGGACUCGAGCUGGGGAAAGUGGUCACCAAAAAAUUCAGCAAUCAGGAAACCUGUGUAGAGAUAGGAGAGAGUGUGCGUGGAGAAGAUGUCUAUAUUGUCCAGAGUGGCUGUGGCGAAAUAAACGACAAUCUUAUGGAGCUGUUGAUCAUGAUCAAUGCAUGUAAGAUUGCGUCAGCAUCCAGAGUCACUGCGGUCAUUCCUUGCUUCCCCUACGCUCGGCAGGACAAGAAGGACAAGGUGGGGAGUCGGGCCCCAAUCUCAGCCAAGCUGGUCGCCAACAUGCUGUCUGUAGCCGGAGCAGACCACAUCAUCACUAUGGACCUACAUGCAUCUCAAAUUCAGGGAUUCUUUGACAUCCCAGUUGAUAACUUGUAUGCUGAGCCAGCAGUCCUCAAAUGGAUAAAGGAAAACAUCAAUGAGUGGAAGAAUUGCACCAUUGUUUCUCCUGAUGCCGGUGGAGCCAAGAGAGUAACAUCCAUCGCUGACCGACUGAACGUGGACUUUGCCCUAAUCCACAAGGAGCGGAAGAAGGCCAAUGAGGUGGAUCGUAUGGUACUGGUUGGGGACGUGAAGGACCGAGUGGCGAUUUUAGUAGAUGACAUGGCGGACACAUGUGGGACAGUAUGUCACGCGGCUGACAAACUGGUGUCUGCAGGAGCCACUAAAGUCUACGCCAUCUUGACUCACGGUAUCUUCUCUGGGCCUGCCAUUUCUCGGAUCAACAAUGCCAACUUUGAGGCCGUCGUGGUCACCAACACAAUUCCACAGGAGGACAAAAUCAAACACUGCAACAAGAUUCAGGUGAUCGACAUUUCUAUGAUCCUGGCUGAAGCCAUCAGGCGAACUCAUAAUGGGGAGUCGGUUUCAUAUUUGUUCAGCCACGUACCUUUGUAACACGCACAUACAUGCACACACGUCAUCUCUUUACACACGUCAUCACAGUGUACAGACUCGCAUGAUGGAGAACCAUUGCUGGGUUUGUCACACGUAAGGGUCUCACACGCACCAUUUAACUGAAGACAUAUCCUGGACAGUGAAUGAAAAGAAUGAAAGCUUUCCCCCUUUCUGCUGCAUGUGCUGACUCGCCUUGUUUUCCCCAAGAACAUUGUGAAAUGUAAUAAUUUGAUACUUCUAUCAUCUUGAUUUCCAACUACUAUCCACUCAUUGAAUUUCACCCGUCACACUGUUAUAUAAAUGUUACUUGCAUGUU